CACCUCCCCACCACCGUCUCCAUAGACUCACUCUCGCGGCUCUCCACGGACCGACUCAGCAUUACAGCCCUCCCACACAUCGGGAGCAUCGAGCUGGUCUCAUCCUCAGAUUUCGCGACCCUCUAUGACGCUAUGUACGUGAGUAUGUUUCCACGGGGCGAGGAGCGCGAGCGUUCUGAUUUGAUCGUCGAGCGUUUAGCAGCGCAAGCCGCCGGCUUUAGGGACGGGCUGGCGACGUACCGCGUCGUGGGGAUUCGCGAUGCCAAUGGGGAAGCAAUCGGUGCUGCACAGUUCUCUGUCCUGCCGUUAGACGGCGCCGAGGGAGAAAGCACCGCAUUGUUUGCCGUGCCGUACCUGCAAUACAUCUACAUCAGAUCCCAAAAUCGGCGGCAGGACAUGUCUGAGGCGCUGCACACGAUGGUACUCGCCGUCUCUGCCGCCGAUGCCGCGAUAUCCGGCCGCAGCGUACCAUUCACAUUAUUCGAGACCGAGCCACCAGGGCACGGCAGCGACGAAAUCAGCCGAGCUUACGCGAGCCAGCGCGCCCGGAUCCAUGCGAACGCGGGAGGCGUGGCGUUGGUGCUGAGGAGGAAAUUCGAUGGGAAAAUCCUCAGUGCACACGUCCAGCCUGGUCUGCAAGAGGGAGACUCACCGCUCACCUUGACUUGGGUCAUCCGCCCGUCGCCGAAUCCUGGGCGAGGGUACGACGUGACCAAGAUCGGAAGGGGUCUCAUCGCUGCAUACUAUAGUAGUCUGCGUGAUGAAGGGUUCCCGGAGCAGAAUAUUUGCCUGGCGGAGAAAAUAGUCGAGAAGAGGUACGACGGAGCCGAGUUCCACUUAAUGCCGCUUGAAGACGUCAGAGACCACGUAGAUUGA